AUGACAAAAAUAAACUCUUUGUUAUCGUACGCAUAGAGCACUUGCAAUGGCAGCUCUUGCAAGCGUCCCAGGCCAUUGUUUUUUAAAAAAUAAAUCAAAACCCCUUAUUAACUAUAGAACCGUUCCCACAAACGGAAACGUUUCUUCACCGUCCCGCACUGCCACGUGGCGUUUGCUGAUUGGGUGGUGUUUUUUUGUGGGGAGAAAUUUUUUUGGGGUAGAAACAUUUUCGAUUCGUCUUCUCUCUCUCUCGACUCUCUCGACUCGCGAAGGCGAUUUCUCCGGCGAAAAUUAUCGUCAACGAUUUUCCGGCGAUAUCACACCGCAAUCCUCCUCGUCUCUGCCAUAGAAAGCUUCUCCAAUCGAUCUUUUCUUCCAUAGAAAGCUUCUCCGCCGGUUCCAAACGAGCGAUACAAGGAAGGAUAGGAAGAAAUGGAGCUCUCAACAAUCCCAGGAUGCACCGCUUCAGAAAUACCAACUUGGAGCUCUCAACAAUCCCAGGAUGCACCGCUUUCUCAAGAGACACCUGUCAGGAAGGAUAGGAAGAAAUGGAAUCCGGCUGACGAUGAAGUUCUUAUCAGUGCGUGGCUGAACACUUCAAAGGACCCGAUUAUUGGAAACCAACAAACGGUAGAAAUCUUUUGGCAAAGGGUCGGAGAAUACUAUGCAGAGUCUCCUCAUGCUAUAGCCAAUGGUGAACAUGGGCUGAACAUAAACUGUAAGCAAAGGUGGUUCAAGAUCAAUGACUUCACUAAUAAGUUCUGCGGGGCAUAUGCAAAUGCAGAGAGACUAAACAGUAGUGGACAUUCUGAGACCGAUGUGCUGAAUAUGGCUCAUGACAUCUACGUCUCUGACCACAAGACCAAGUUUACAAUGAACCAUUGCUGGUGUUUGUUAAGGUUUGAACAGAAAUUCCUGGACCUUAACAAGAUUAACAAUCUUACACCUAAAGGCAGAACAAAGAGGAGACCAGUUGAGGAAGCUUCACAAUCCGAGGAGAAGCUACAGAAGCUUGGCAUACUAGACACACUUCUUGCCAAGCCAGAGCCACUUAGUGCAGUUGAUCAAGUUAUCAAGGAUAAGAUAGUGGCUCAGUAUUUCUUAGAUUGAUGUAUUCACUUAAGAUGCAACUUUGUAUUUCUUAUUUUAGUAUCU